UAGCGCGGCGCGUCACUCCUCGGUCGUCAGAGUCAUCAGUUGCUUCACCGGAGGUCUACGACGGUGACGUCUGUUCGUGUUGUACCAGGAUGCGACAUAAAAACCGAUCAACUGCAUGAGAAUCACCGCGUAUACUUUACAUAUUUGGUUGAACUGCAUAUGGGUGUAUAACCUGUUUCUAGUGUCCAGCUCUACAAAAUCUAUUUUUCCGCGGCAUCACGAUAAACAACCAACAGAACAACAGACGAGCGGGCAAAUUCAAUUUCGUGGUGAACAUUUAGCUACAGCAUUGAAGAAAUUCAUUUUCCAAUAUGUCUCAUACUGAAAAUUCCGACAGUCGACAUCAUGUAAACAACAAUGUUGAAUCAAAUCCAUCUAGACCCAUUCAGUCCACACAAGAUAGACAAAAUAUACUUUCAGCAACCAAUGCUCUUGGUAUUACUGACGAAAUUGCCUAUCCAACUCCUUCCUGUACACAAAGCAACGAUGCCAUAUCUAAUGCACAAACAAAUUCAACAAUACCUAGUAUACAUAGUAAUUCAAUUUCACCUAAUAUACAUGGAUUUGACUUUGGUGGAUCUAGUUCACAGAGCAAUGCAACUAUACCUGGUAUGCAGAACAUUAACUUUAGACCUAGUUCACAGAGCAAUGACAUUGGUUCUAGAGCUUAUAUGUCACACUAUGUACGUAGAACUUUAACUGGAUUAACGGCUGAAUCGUGGGCUCAAUAUAGGGCUAGAUAUCCCACACCUAAUCAUUUACAGAAAGUACACCCUAACGUAAUAGAAUACACUCAAGUACGUCCUCACUGGUAUCGUGUAGUAUCAAUUGAUGUCAAUUCAGCAGAUUCAAAUGAAUCAUACUCCUCACAACCUCAAAAAGUUCAACGUACAGCAAACGGUCGACGUAGUACUGCGGGUGUAACUAAUACUCAAUCGGAUGUGGAAUGGUAUCGUAGAGUGAAUCGUGAUGUUAUUGAGUCACAGAAAACAGUACCGUCAUCACGAUCCGAAAGGUUGGAACGUAGGAGCGAAAGUCAACAUCCUACACUGCCUCUGUCGUCUAUUCAAGCUCAUUCAAACAAUUCUCAUCCAACAAGUUCAGUGAAUAAUAUUCUUCAAGCUGAUUCACAAAAUGAACCGAUUCCCUUGAAUAAAAGAUCUAACGAAAGUGUAGGAUACCAAUCUAACAAUGGUAUUCAUACAAUGAAUCCUCCAGCCUUAUAUUGUCCAAUUCAAAACUUAAACAGUGACCAGUCAUCAGCUGUAUCAAUUUCAACAAAUUCUGAACCUUAUAUUACUCAAGAUACAACUCCUUCUUCAACUGUGACUAAUAAUUCAAACCAUGCACAAGUAUUAAUUGACCUCGAUGAUUUUGAUACUAAUACUGAAGAUCAACCCCUUCCUGUUCUACCAAAUUCCUCUAAUGCAGUCAACCCUAAUCCAGGAAACAAUGUAAUUGGAUUUAUUCCAACUCUAACUGAUUCACCAGUAAUCAAUGAACCUGAAACACUUGAAGUUGUUAUUCGUUCGAGAGACUAUGCUGAUUAUAACAUUAUUAUCUCAAAUCCUUCUAUUAUCCGAAUGCAUAAAAUUUUACAAAGAUCUAUUUUGAGUUCAAACAAUACAAAUUCUCCUGCAAACAAUACAAUUUUGUAUCAACAAGUCAAUAACUAUAUGCGAGUCUUAAGAAACACUAUAUUAUCGACAGAUAUCAAUUCUUCAAGUGUUUCAUCAUUAAUGAGUGCAUCAGUUCCUCGGUCGCUCACUAUUGAUCAAUCUUCUUAUCCUCUACUUGAUACAUCUGAAAUGCCACCAAUAACUAUAAUUGACCGUAUACAAAAUGGUUGUGUCAUUAAAGAAUUAACAAACUGUGCAAUAUGCUUGGAAGAAAACAAUGGUAAUGUCUUGUUAGAGCCAUGUAAACAUUACAAUAUGUGUGGAGCUUGUAUGGAAAGACUGACAUCAUGGAUUUGCCCAAUAUGUAGAAGUCAUAUAACAAAUAUAAUAGUUUAUGUUUAAGUAUGACAUAUACAGUAGAGCGUCGAUUAUCCAAACUAAUUGGGACCGAAGGGGGUGCAAAUAAUCAAACAACCAUUGAAAAUUUUAAAAUAAAGUUAAAAACUAAUUUACUUGAUAUAAUACUAAGUAUAAUAUUCAUACAUAACAUAAAAAUAUAAAACAAAUAUAUAUAAUAUAUUUAUUUGAAUUAAUAAUACAAUUUUUUUGCACUUCAUUCCAUUGGAGUGAGCCAUAGUAGAUAGUAAAAUAAUCUCGCAUUUCAUAAUAUGUACACGAUAAAAGGAACAUAACGAAUGAUAAAGUUAAAUUAAAAUAAAUUAAAAAUAAAUUUGUACACAAAAAUUUUUAUUGCAGAUAAUUGACGUGCGGAUAAUCGAUGUUCCACUGUAAAUAUAUUAUAAGCCGCAUAUUAUUGGUAACUGAAAAUAAUACUUAAAAACACAAGGUUCUCCUAAUCUUUGCUCUUUGUAAACUCUCUUACUCUUCUCUCAACUCAUUUUCAAACUGUCAAUCAUAAUAUAUAUGCAUCUUUAAAAUACAUUUCUAUAUACUCUAUUCAGAAUGAAAUCGUACCACGGUUGCCGACUUAUGUACUGAGUUCUGCAGGCUUCACUACACAGCAAGUAUUUGGAUGGUAGAGUCAAUAGGGACAACGGUCGGGCAAUGCUCACCGAAACUAGUUUCUGUGCAAGUAGGUACGUUUUUAUUUUGAAUAGAGUAGAUACAGUAGUCACCGCUUAU